GCUUGGGGGUGGGGCCGGGCGGGACUGGGCUUUGGCUGGGGAGUGCCAAGCUUGUAGCGCCCCACGGGCGUAUGUGCUUAGCCCCUGAGUUCGGGCAGCCCUAAAAUGGCGGUGGGGGAGAGCGGGGCCAGCGGCUCCUCGGAGGGGACGGACUACAAGUCCCAGCGCGCCCCCAGCGCUCGCAAAGCAUGCUGGGAGCUGUAGUCCCGCCUCUCGGCCGGGCGCGGGGAGGAGACGGGCGGGAGCCGGGAGGACUACAAAUCCCGUCGUGCCCCGCGCGCCUCCCGCUCGGACUGCGGUACCGGGGGUUGAGGUGGGCGCCGGGAACCGCCGCCGGUCCUCCCUCCCCCGUCACACCCCCCGGGCCUCGCCGCUACGGGGAGCGGAGCGAUGGGCGGGGAGGAGGAGAUCGUGCGCAUCGCCAAGCGGCUGGACAAGAUGGUGGCCAAAAAGAGCGCGGAGCGUGUGCUUGGGCUCAGCGCAGCCUGUGAUGUCUGUUCCUGUGGAUGGCAGGUUUGCAACACCACUGUUGAAAUAGGAAAGAAGUAACUUUGCUGAAUUUGCUUCUGAGCUUCACUGAGAAAGAGGCAGCUUCUUAACGGAGUGGGUGAUUGCCUGGAGUACCUGUUUGUUGCUCUAGUUUGUGUGUGGAUUCCCAUUGGCUGCCAUUGCCCCAAGUGUGGCUCCACUUCUGGUAACAGAAGCAAGAAUCACCAGGAUGGUGCAAUGGAUUUACUGAAGGAACUGAAGAGCAUGCCUAUGACUUUGGACUUACUGCAGUCCACUCGCAUUGGUAUGUCAGUGAAUGCACUGAGGAAGCAGAGCACAGAUGAAGAAGUGAUAGCGCUUGCCAAAUCACUUAUCAAGUCUUGGAAAAAACUUCUAGAUGCUUCAGAGGAAAAAAGUGAGGAGAAGAAGAGAAACCUGUCCUUGCCAACAUCUUCCUCAAAGGAGACUGGUAACUCAAGAGACCAAAGCUCCAACAAAAGGCAGGAUCCUCCGAAGACCCCGACCACCCCCAAAAUCACCACCUUCCCUCCAGCACCUGUCACCUGUGAUGCUGUCCGGAACAAAUGCAGAGAGAUGCUGACAACAGCUCUACAGGCUGAUGAUGACUAUAUUGCCAUUGGUGCUGACUGUGAGCACAUAGCAGCUCAGAUUGAAGAAUGCAUAUACCAGGAUAUCAAGAACACCGACAUGAAGUACAAAAACCGAGUGAGGAGCCGCAUCUCCAAUCUGAAGGACUCCAAAAAUCCUGAGCUGAAAAAGAAUGUGCUGUGUGGGGCCAUUACCCCUGAGCAGAUUGCAGUGAUGACCUCGGAGGAAAUGGCCAGUAACGAGCUGAAAGAGAUCAGGAAAGCCAUGACAAAAGAAGCGAUCCGGGAGCAUCAGAUGGCCAAGACAGGAGGGACGCAGACCGACCUCUUCACCUGUGGGAAGUGCAAGAAGAAGAACUGCACCUACACCCAGGUGCAGACCCGCAGCUCCGAUGAGCCCAUGACCACCUUCGUCGUGUGCAACGAGUGUGGGAACCGCUGGAAGUUCUGCUGAUAUGUGCCAUGGCCAAAGAGCGGCAGCCAAACGCAGAUCUGAGUGCAACCUCCAUACGCCAGCUCCCACGGCAAUUGUGUAUUGUGUCCCAAGUGAGUUUGCAAUGUCACGUACUGAGAGAGCAGCUGCAGGGAGGCCUGCCUCUCUGUUUGGGCCUCGGUGGAGAGCCACAGUUGUGGGCUGACAGUGGCAGGAGAGCUCACUAAACACACUUAGUCAUUAUUUUCUCAUCUAAGCAAGUAUGGUCACUUUUUCUUCAAAACUAAUAUUAAACAUUUUUGUCAGUUUCUGACUUUUAUUUGAA